AUGGCCAUCUUAACCUCUUCUAUCGUCAACAAUGGUCCAGUGUCCAUUCUUGCGUACUGUCUCUCGUCCAUUUUGAUGACCUGCACUAACAAGUAUGUGGUCUCUGGUAAUCCUGACUUCAACUUGAACUUCUUGUUGUUGACCGUCCAAGCUUCCGUGUGUAUUCUUACCCUUGUUAUUUUGAAAUCUUUGGGUGUCGCCAAGUACAGACCGGUCACCAAAGAAGAAGCCAAGUACUGGUCUCCAAUUUCCAUCUUGUUGGUUGUUAUGCUUUACACCUCUUUCAAAGCCUUGCAAUACUUGGCCAUCCCAGUUUACACCAUCUUCAAGAACUUGACAAUUAUUUUGAUUGCUUAUGGUGAAGUGUUAUGGUUUGGUGGUAAAGUCACCAACAUGGCCUUGUCCUCUUUUAUGUUGAUGGUUGCCUCUUCGUUAGUUGCUGCUAUGGGUGAUGACAAGAAAUCCUCAUCUGGCUCAGAAGAAAUGACCGUUUUCGGCCUUAACCUCGGUUACUUCUGGAUGUUCUUGAACUGUUUUGCCUCUGCUGCGUUUGUUUUAUACAUGAGAGUUAGAAUCAAGAAGACCAACUUCAAGGAUUUCGACACCAUGUUCUACAACAACUUGUUGUCUAUUCCAAUUGCCUUGAUCGCUACUUUUGUCUUGGAAGACUGGUCCCCAGCUAACAUUGCCAGAAACUUCCCACCACAAACUGCCAACUUGGUGAUAUUCUUGAUGGUGUUCUCCGGUGCCGCUUCUGUUGGUAUUUCUUAUUGUUCCGGUUGGUGUAUCAGAGUCACUUCUUCCACCACUUACUCCAUGGUUGGUGCUUUGAACAAGUUGCCAAUCGCCUUGUCUGGGUUGAUUUUCUUUGAUGCCUCUGUCAACUUCAUGUCAGUUAUCUCCAUCUUCAUUGGUUUUGCUGCUGGUUUAGUGUACGCUGUUGCCAAGAAGAAGCAAAAGGAAGAAGAAUCUCACCAAGCCUUGCCAACUACUAACAAAAAUUAA